GCGGGGCUGCGCCGACCUGUCUGCUCCGCUCCCGCUGCCCAGACGCACCAGAGCCCGGAAACCACGCCUUAGGCCAGGAUGUUGUCCAAACUUGCUCAUCUGCGCUCGGUGGCUCUAGUGGGCCGUGGAUUUCAUUCCUCGGUGCUCAGCGCUGCAUCUGUGGCGACCAAGAAAACUGUCCAAGGCCCUCCACCCUCGGACUACAUCUUUGAGCGGGAAGCCAAGUAUGGAGCCCACAACUACCACCCGCUGCCCGUGGCCCUGGAGAGAGGAAAAGGCAUCUAUGUCUGGGAUGUCGAGGGAAGAAAGUACUUUGACUUCCUGAGUGCUUACAGUGCUGUCAACCAGGGCCACUGUCACCCCAAGAUUGUCAAUGCCCUGAAAAGCCAGGCAGACAAGCUAACCUUGACUUCCAGGGCUUUCUACAACAACGUGUUGGGCGAGUAUGAAGAGUAUAUCACGAAACUGUUCAACUACCACAAAGUCCUGCCCAUGAAUACAGGGGUGGAGGCCGGAGAGACAGCUUGCAAGCUCGCUCGCCGCUGGGGCUACGUUGUCAAGGGAAUCCCCAAGUACAAGGCCAAGAUCAUUUUCGCAGCUGGAAACUUCUGGGGCAGGACAAUGUCUGCCAUCUCCAGUUCCACGGAUCCGUCCAGCUACGAAGGUUUUGGACCAUUUAUGCCUGGCUUUGAGCUCGUCCCAUACAACGACCUGGCAGCUCUCGAGCGCGCCCUGCAGGACCCAAAUGUUGCCGCCUUCAUGGUGGAGCCGAUCCAGGGUGAGGCGGGCGUCGUUGUGCCGGACCCAGGCUACCUGACGGGUGUUCGCCAGCUUUGCACCCAGCACCAGGUCCUGUUCAUCGCUGAUGAGAUCCAGACAGGACUGGCCAGAACAGGCAGGUGGUUGACCGUGGACUAUGAAAAUGUCAGGCCUGACAUUGUGCUGCUUGGAAAGGCUCUUUCGGGAGGGUUGUACCCGGUAUCUGCGGUGCUGUGUGACGAUGACGUGAUGUUGACUAUCAAGCCCGGGGAGCAUGGCUCGACAUAUGGCGGCAACCCUCUUGGCUGCCGGGUGGCUAUUGCAGCGCUUGAGGUUCUGGAAGAAGAAAAUCUUGUGGAAAAUGCCGAGAAUAUGGGCGAAGUCUUGAGGAAGGAGCUCAUGAAGCUGCCAUCGGAUAUUGUGACGGCCGUGAGGGGGAAGGGGCUGCUCAAUGCCAUUGUCAUCCGGGAGACCAAGGAUUAUGACGCCUGGAAGGUGUGUCUGCGCCUUCGUGACAACGGCCUCCUGGCCAAGCCCACCCAUGGCGACAUCAUCAGGCUGGCGCCCCCGCUGGUGAUCAAGGAGGACGAGAUACGGGAAUCGGUGGAGAUCAUCAACAAGACCAUCUUGUCCUUCUGAGGCAACACUGGCCAGCUUGGCCCUCUGCUCCCCGACGGCCCUUCCGACCCCGAGUGAGGCACAUCCCACUCCCCAAGUCUCCAAGGACGUUUGAAAAACAUAUAUAUAUUAUUUUUGUUGCAGUUUAUACAACAUGGAAUGUCUUUUCUAAACCUGUUGCGUGUUGUGUAAUGUGAGAACGGUGUGGCCUCUCUGACUCAGUGGUCUUUUUUGGGGGGUACCAAUGGUUGAACCCAGAGACCUAGACGUAUGACUCAUAUGCUCCACCCCUGAGCUCAGACCCUGGCUGGUGUCUGUCUGGGUUCUGAGGGGAGAAGGAUCAUCUGUAUGGAU